ACACACACACACACACACACACACACACACACACACACACACACACACACACACACACACACACACACACUCAGGCCCUCUGAGCAGGAUGGGGGAACCCUGGAGGUGCCUGCUGGUCCUGAUCCUCCUGACAUGCUCAGCCUUCAGCCACAGCGCCAUCAACCCCUUCUCAGGGCAGCAGACCCCUCCGGACCCUUGCUAUGACGACCAAGGCGCAGCCCGCCGCUGUAUCCCCGAGUUUAUCAACGCUGCCUUUGGCAAGGAGGUGAUGGUGUCCAGCGUCUGCGGCCGGCCUGCAUCCCGGUCCUGCAGCGUUGUGGAGCGGAGCGACGAUCGGCCAUCUGUGCGCUCGUGCCAAAUCUGUGACGCCGCGGACCCUCGCCGUGCCCACCCAGCUUCCUACCUCACUGACCUCAACUCAGCGCACAACCUCACCUGCUGGCAGUCGGAGAAUCUGAACACCUCGCCACACAACGUGACUCUCACCCUUUCACUGGGUAAAAAGUUUGAGAUCACCUAUGUCAGCCUGCAGUUCUGUUCACCUCGACCCGAGUCCCUGGCCAUUUACAAGAGCAUGGACUACGGCAAGACCUGGAUGCCCUACCAGUUCUACUCCUCGCAGUGCCGUCGUUUGUACAAUCGGCCAAACAAAGCGUCCAUUACCAAGCAGAACGAGCAGGAGGCUUUAUGCACAGAUGGCCACACCGACCUCUACCCGCUGUCUGGAGGACUCAUCGCGUUCAGCACUCUGGACGGACGGCCUUCUGGCAAAGACUUUGACAACAGCCCCGUCCUCCAGGACUGGGUGACUGUCACCGACAUCCGCGUGGUCUUCAGCCGGCCCCAGCUUCCCCGGGAGCAGGGACUGGGGGCUGCGAGCAACAGCGACGACCCCAUGGCGGUGACAUCGUCGCUGCCAACUUAUUUCUAUGCAGUGGGAGACUUCCAGGUGGGCGGGAGGUGUAAAUGCAACGGACACGGCUCCCGCUGUCUGAAAGACAAGGAAGGGAAACUGGUGUGUGACUGCAAGCACAACACAGAGGGCCCUGAAUGUGACCGCUGCAAGCCCUUUCACUACGACCGGCCGUGGCAGAGGGCCAAUGCUCGCGAGGCCAAUGAGUGUCUGGCGUGCAACUGCAACCUCCACGCUCGGCGCUGUCGGUUCAACAUGGAGCUGUACAAGCUGUCGGGGAGGAAGAGCGGCGGGGUCUGCAUGAACUGCCGCCACAACACCGCAGGCCGCCACUGCCACUACUGCAAGGAGGGCUUCUACAGAGACAUGGCCCGACCCAUCACCCACCGACGGGCCUGCAAAGGGUCAAGAAAGAGUGAGUCAUUUUCCGUGGGCGCAGCCGGCAAGACGUGCAACCAGACCACCGGCCAGUGCCCCUGCAAGGACGGCGUCACCGGCAUCACCUGCAACCGCUGCGCCAAGGGCUACCAGCAGAGCCGCUCGCCUGUGGCCCCCUGCAUCAAAAUCCCGGUGGUCAACCCCACAGUUGUGGUGAGCAGCACAGAGGAACCAGCAGAUUGUGAGUCGUAUUGUAAACCAGUGAAGGGCAACCUGAAGAUCAACAUGAAGAAAUAUUGCAAAAAGGAUUAUGCGGUGCAGGUGAACGUGCUGGACAUGGAGACGGUCGGGGACUGGGCCAAGUUCUCAGUUAACCUGGUGUCUGUGUACAAGAGCCGCGGGGAGCCCCUGAAGCGAGGCGACAACAUCCUGUGGGUCCACAUGAAGGACCUGGCCUGCAAGUGUCCCAAGAUCCAGAUGAGCAAACGGUUCUUGGUGAUGGGCGGCAGCGACGGCGGGACGGGCACAGGGACGGGUCCCGGGGUCGGGCCCGGGGGCGGGGCCACCAGUCCAGGGGGGGAGCGCAUUGGCCUAAUGGCUGAUAAGAACAGCCUGGUGAUCCAGUGGAGGGACGUUUGGACGAGACGCCUGAGGAAGUUCCAGCGCAAAGAGAAGAAGGGGAAGUGCAGCAAAGCGUGAUGGGACAGAAGUGUUCAUCCCUACCUCCAUCACCCACCUUCAUGAACCCUUACCCAGCAACUCUGUCUCCUCCCCCGUCUCCCAUCAUCACGGGAACACUGCACAUUAGAAAGACUGCAUGUACCCUUCCUGUUUUUAAGGACCACGUUUUGUGUAUAUUGUAUAAUUAUUUUCCUUUUUAUUUUUCAAGGUUUGUCUUUGUUGUGUCUUUGUUUUGUCUAAUUGGUUUGCCUUCAAAAGGGACCAUUAAAAAGGGUAUGAAGUGUAGACAAAAACAGACGCUAUUCCCUCCCUCGACGACGACAGCGACACUCGUCCCCCGACGACGACCCUCUGACCCUCAGCCUCCGCUUCCUGUCAAGACCCGACUGUCUCCUGCCACUUUGUUUGACGUAUGAAAAUACCACAUUUCACACUCUGAGGAUUUUAUCCAACAGUGUUUGUCACUGACUGAUCUCAGCAACAAAACAGGCUGCAUAUCCUCAGCUUGGCCUCCUCACGUUUCAUUGUUGGAACAACUCGGAUCACUUCGAGCUGGAUCACCUGACAACCUUCCAACGUUUUGCUGUUAAAAUGUUAGACCUACUUGCUAAAGGUCUCUUCAGUAACUUCUACAGACUGUAACUAUGAAACUGUUGUCCCGCGAGGAACCAAGGGCUCCCUUUGCAGGGACGUUUUCCCACAGCAAACCUCAGUCGCACCACCACUGCUGCUGCAACCAUACAGCCCUCACAGAACGAACUGCUCGUGUAGGCUCUUGUAUCUGCAAGUAUUCAACGCCACAGCUCAUAGUAGAGUUUAUAUUCUUCGUGUGGCUACUUGUAUCUCAUCCAUCCAUAUCACAGCCAUAUCCUUGUUUGAGAUAUAUCCUUUUGUUUCAUUUAAGCAGAACAAACCCUGUUUGCAUGUGUGAGUCACAUUCCAGGCCUCCGGGGCUGUGCCUCUUCACCACUAGUCCUUCUCAUGAGUGGUUUAUAAAGUCAUGCAUCACCAUCAUGACUCAUGGCUUGUCACAUUUUUCUGGAAGAAAGAUUAAGCGGUGUGGACAAAUGGCUGGAAUUUCAGAACAAUCCCAAUAUUUCCAAGGAGACUUUUUCUUUGCUUUAUGGAUAAUGUCUUCUGCUCGGUAGUGGCCUUCCAGAUGUUGUUGUGUAACCAUUGUCAUUUAUUUGUAUUUAAAUGUCUGAACAUUUGGACUGGCAGGCUCUUGUUUGCCGAAAUAAGAGAUUGAAACGAGAGUUCCUUUUCAUGCAGUAAAAAGAAAACAAAGUUGGAUAAACAACAUAAUCGUGUUUUUCUCUAGUGUAUUUUGACAAAAUGAAUGAGGCUGGAAAGGUUUUAGUGCUCACUGAUUGUAUUAUGACAUGUGAGGAUCAUAUUUCAUUCCUCAUGUGCUUUGUUAUGUUUGCAUGUUUGUGGUUUUUGCUGGUCCAUCAAAACCUUACAGUGAGCCGAGCAAGAACUAAACUAAAAAUGAGCAUCCAAAGGAAAACUUCCCAAGUCAUCUUCCCCCCACUUGCCUACCCUUACACAGUCCCUGUCAUCCUUUGCCAAAUAAGCGUAGUCAGCUUUUAAAUUCAAUUAAGAGGCUAUAGAUGUCAGGACCAACGAAAACCACAGAGAGAC